AUGUCAGUUGGUCGCAAGGUCUUUCAUUGUGUGGUGGAUGAUACCGCUUUAGCCGCCAAUAUUGGCGACAUCAAAAAAUGGACUUCGCAGGGUGCUAUCAACCUUAUCGUACCUCUUUAUACGCUUGAGCGCCUUCAUGCCCUGAAAAAGAUUCCCUCCCAAACCGGCGUAAACGCCCGCGAGUCACUCCGUUUUCUCGAUCGCGUAACUUCUGGCAAGCACAGCAUCCCAGCCUCCAAGGUAGUGCUUCAAGGGCCGAUGGAACAAUUUGGGACUUGGGCAGAGGCGGAGAAAUAUCUUUUACCGGAAUUCAAGGAGGAGGCUGUGGACAGCCAGGCUCCAGUAUCUACUACUUCGGCCCGUGCAUCGAUCGUUGAGCCCGCGCAGAAGUCCGCCGAGAAUGGACUCGGAAUCACUGGGGGCAUUGACGAUCUUAAUGAAAUGUCUCAGAUGCUCCUUAGCAAGCUGAAUUUUAAAAACGACAUGGAUACGGCGUCAGCGAACUCUGCCGGGACCCCCAGUUUCCCUGCCUCCCCAGCCACGGCUAGUUCCCGCCAAAGCCCAGAGUACGCUGCUCGCCAGCUGGGAGAACCUCAGAGAGACGAGAGCGAUUCAGUUCAAGAAGACGAAACCCCUGAACGUGUGUUUGUCAACCCGGUUGUUCCGCAAGAGAUUAGGCCUCUUCUGAAUGCUACUCUUUGGCGACUCCAUGCCCACCCGGAUGCCACUUCUGCUGCAUCCGGUUGCGUUCUCGUUACAAAUAACCGCUCCUCUCAGGCUUGGGCUCAAAAGUUCGGCAUCGCAGUCAAGAAUAUUCCUCAACUCCGGACUUCCAUCAUCUAUGAAGAAAAGGAAUUCAAAAACCACUGCAAAUAUCUCGAAAAGAACCCUACUAAUGAGCCUAAGCCACUCCUCUCUUACGAGGACGAGAGUGACGAGGACGUCCUCGUCUUCGUGCCUCGCGGCCAGGCAAAGCUCGGAAGUGCUGGUUCCAACACUCGAACUCCUACCAAGGCUUCGCCUGUCACUCCUCGAAGUGCUAACAGCCAUACCAACGGAAGCGCAAGAAUCAAGAGCAGUCCAACUGAACCGCAGGUCGAGAUGCCUUCAACGCCGAUUGACCCCGACUCGUUUAAUCGCAAUUUUGGCGUGGUAAAGCAACAAGGCGCAGCCAAUGCGAACACUCCUAAUACUGUGAGCCGUGGGCCGCCCCCGCAACAUCCUCGUUCCGGAGGCCCGGGUCGUCGGGGAGGCCCUCGAGGAGGCGGCAUGUUUCGAGGCACUGGUAGAGGUCGUGGAAGACUCUGGGUUCCUUGA